AUGCGUUCGCUCAGCGCCGUUCAUGGGGUAGAACCCUUGCCUGAUUUGGGCGUACCGACCGGAAUACAGCGUACCAACGGGAACAACGACGGAGAUAUGGCCGGUGCCCAAGAUACGAUAUAUCUGUGCAACUUCCGCGUGUCAGUGGACGGGGAAUGGCUUUGCCUUAAGGAGUUACACGACAUUGAGAUGCAGGACUCGUUCACACGCCCUACAGAAAAUGGUGCGAUCACAUCACCGGACGAUCCGAUGCAUUCUUUGAUGGCCCGCGAUCCCGUCGUGAUAGAGCGGAGCAAUCUCGUCAACAUCUCAAAGUUAAUCGUGAAAGAGCUGAUUGAGCAAUCGCUCCGCUAUGGGAGGAUGCUGGACAGCGACCACUUGCCCCUGCAUCACUUUUUCAUCGUCCUCGAACACGUCAUGCGUCACGGACUCAAACCGAAAAAGGGUCUUCUUGGACCAAAGAAGGAGUUAUGGGAUAUACUUCAAAUGGUUGAAAAAUACUCGCCGGAGGCUGCCGAUAUAACUGCCAGCGUGAGAGACUUGCCGACUGUGAAAACUGCCAUGGGUAGGGCGCGCGCUUGGCUGAGGCUUGCGCUGAUGCAGAAGCGCCUCGCUGACUACCUCCGCAUUCUGCUGGAGCGUCGCGAGGAAACAUUGGAGGAGUACUUCGAGCCCCACGCGCUGAUGUUGAACGAAGAAGCGGUAAUCAUCACCGGUCUAUUGGUCGGCCUCAACGUGGUCGAUUGCAAUUUGUGUGUCAAGGAAGAAGAUCUGGACAGUCAACAGGGCGUGAUAGAUUUCUCGCUGUACCUGCGCGGCAGUAACUCCUCGAACGACAUCGCCGGCAACGGUAACAACGCGAACAAUGAGCCAAAACAACGUCACAUCAACACGAUGCUGGACCAGAAGAAUUACAUCGAGGAACUCAACAGACAUCUUAACGCCACAGUAGCCAACCUCCAGGCUAAAGUAGAAAGCCUCACCACAACUAACGCCCUCAUGAAGGAAGACCUCGCCAUCGCUAAAAAUACGAUGAUAACUCUCGUGGAGGAAAACAACCAGUUGAAACAUGCCUUGGGUCAGGAUAUAACGAAAGAGAGCAGGAUGAAAGUGACCGAACUCCAUUCUGAAGAGGAGGAAAAACGUAGCGUUAAAAGCACUUCGUCGGACAAGUCAAAGAAUGAAAAGGAUACAGAACAGGGAAAGAUAUUUGAAGAGGAAAGGAAAAAGAAUUUGGAGUUGCAAAAAGAAUUGGAUCUUCAGAUAUCGCUAAAAGCGGAAAUGGAAGUGGCCAUGAAGCUAUUGGAGAAAGACAUACACGACAAACAGGACACAAUUAUAUCACUGAGGCGGCAAUUGGACGACAUAAAGUUGAUCAACUUGGAAAUGUAUAAGAAGCUACAGGAAUGUGAAAGUUCUUUGAAACAUAAAACAGAGCUAAUAGCCAAAUUGGAAGCAAAGACUGAGUCAAUGGGCAGCACGAUACAUCAGCUCGAUGAAAAGUUACAGGAGGAUAAAUUAACUAGGAAGAAUUUAGAGGAAAGCGCUAGAUCACUCGGUCAAAAAGCCGCCGCUGCGGAGACAAGAGCCGUCGCAGCAGAAGGAGACUUGAAAAUAGAACGGGAAUGGAGGAUUUCCUUGCAGGAUUCUAUGAUGCGUGAUAGAGAUAAAAUAUCAAUCUUAACACAAGAAGUGGAAUCUCUGAAGACAAUAGGAAGAAAAUACGUAGCGUUACAAGAAGAGCAGCACCUCCUUAAGGCGCAGUACAUCGAAGCUCAGAAGACUUUGGAAGAAGUUGGGGCGACGCUGAGCGAGAACAAAUUGCAACUGGCUGAGCUACUGGAAAAGGAAGCCCAGGGUGCUACCAGUGAAGACACCCCAAACUGGACUAGUGACAAAGAUGCCGUGGCGUGUGCAGCUUGCGCCAAGGAGUUCAAUAUAGCCCGAAGGAAGCAUCAUUGCAGAAGGUGUGGGCAGAUAUUCUGCGCGGCGUGUAGCGAAAAGACUGUCGCACUACCUGGCAAUACCAAGCCCGUCCGAGUUUGUGACACGUGUUUCACAGACGUCAGAGUAACA